AUGGAGCAAAAAGUUGAGCUGAAGAAGGAACGGAGGAGAUUGAAGACCAUAGCAGAUGCCAUCCAAGCAGAUGUUGACACUGCAAAAGCCCUACGUUUGGCCACGGAGUACAUCAGUGAAAAUGUAAAGAAACGGAACAGUCGUACUCGUGACGAGCAGAAAGCUGAAGGUGGCGAGUCUGAGUUAAGAGCGGCAGAAGUCAAAACAGAAGCAAAGUACAGUAUUGAUAGCGACAUGCAUCACAACCUGAAGCGCGUACCUAUUCCAACAUUUAGAGGAGAUAAACAGGACUAUCCAAUAUUCAGAGAUGCCUUUUAUCAAUGUGUUGACAAGGCAAGCUGUGGACCUAGUUUUAAGAUGUUACAACUUCGUCAAUACCUGGGAGGUGAUGCGAGCAAAACCAUCGAGGGGUUUCCUGCCUCUGAAGCAGGAUAUGAAGCAGCUAAACGUCGACUGGAAGAGAGAUACGGGGGGGAACGGCGAAUACUUCUCGCCCAGCUUAACGGUAUACGACAGUUCCACAUGGUCAGACAAGGAGAUACACAGGCACUGGAUGCAUUCCAAAACAAGUUAGAGCUGGCGAUAGUGGCCCUCGCAGAAAGUGGUCGCACUGAGGAGCUAGAGAAUGACAGUAUGUUCUAUUGCGUAUCAAAAUCGAAAUUCCAGCCGUCUCAGAUUGCACACUACAAACGGUGGCUCAGUAUCGAAGGACGCCCUGAGAACCUACACUCACUGCGUAAAUGGAUAUCGGAGGAACUGCGUAUUCGCA